AUGAAGCUCUUUACUUUUGUCUCCGCCGUCAUCCUCCCCAUGCUCGCCAUGGCCCAGACCGACGACGCUGCCGAAGCCACCACCACCACCACUGCCACCUCUACCACCACUCUCACCAAGACCAUCACCCUCAGCAGGUACACCGAGACCGUCUUCUCCAACGGCACCGCUAGCAUCACUCCCACUGGAACUGGAACCAACGUUCGCCCUCCUGCCGUCACCUCCACCAGCCCUACCGACCCUUCCGCUGGCGGUGCCGGCGCCCUUGAUGUCGCCAACAUCGCCUUCGCCGGCGUUGCUGGUAUGAUUGUCGUUGCCCUCAUGUAA